UUAUUGGUUGAGAAGAUUCUUGAAUAUCAGACUGAUAUUUUAGAAUCUUCUCAACAAAUAAAUUUCACAGGUCAAAAUCCAUCCCAUCAUGUGAAUCAGGUAUGAUCAGUUUCGUAUAUAUUUUUGUAUACUUGUGUUUUUGGAGAUGCAUCAAAUGUUAGGAGUAGAUUUGAGACGAGAAAAAGGUAUUCUUCUCAAGGUGUUUCAUCUACAAAUAGAAUCCAAAAUGAUCAGAUUCAACAGCCGGAACAAUAAUACAACCAAGAACCCUCAAGGCAAUGAAAUAUCGAUUGGUUUAAUCACCAUUAUGCCGGAAGGGCUCUCGCUGUACCUUCAAUUAGGUGAUAACGCUCUUGGUUUCCAUGAUUCUCACCAACAUACUGAUGAUGCAAAUUUGAAUUUACUGAUAAAUAUGUAUGUGAGCUGGGCGAAGAAAAAGAAAUUCGAAAAGAAAAGAAGCAAGAAAAACAAAAGCCAAAAACGAUGAAGCAAAAAGUGUUUUUGAACUAUCUCUUAGAGGGUAUGAUGAAUAUAUUCAACAAGGACCUUUCUAGGAUAAUCAGCAAAAAGGCGAUACAAAAGAAUUCAAGGACCAACAGAAAUUAAAAUUUCUUUAAUUUCAUUAUCCUGAUGGUCCCCUAAUUCUAAAUUUUGGUUGA